CAAAAAUUACCACCAUCAGCGUCAAUAUUACAACGCUCGCUCUGCUUUGUUUUCCUCUGUUUCGCCUUCCAGGUUUACAUGUGUACCUCGUCCACCGAUCCCUUCUCUGCAAUUCAAAAAUGUCCCUUUAAUACAAUUUCACCUUAUCAACUGAUUCCCAAUUUUCGAUCUCUUUAAUUGGUCAUGGAAAUGGCCUCCAGUCGGCGAACCGUAGAGGAGAUCUUCGAUGAUUUCAGUGCUAGAAGAGCUGGUGUUGUUCGUGCUUUAACUAAUGAUGUGGAUCAAUUCUAUGUACUCUGUGAUCCAGAAAAGGAGAAUUUGUGUCUGUAUGGGCAUCCAAAUGAAACCUGGGAAGUAAACUUGCCAGCUGAGGAAGUUCCACCUGAGCUUCCUGAACCAGCCCUUGGAAUCAAUUUUGCAAGAGAUGGGAUGGACAGAAAAGACUGGCUUUCGCUGGUUGCCGUGCAUAGUGAUUCAUGGUUGAUUUCUGUGGCAUUCUAUUUUGGAGCUCGUCUUAAUCGGAAUGAGAGGAAACGGCUAUUUAGCAUGAUCAAUGAUCUGCCCACUGUCUUUGAAGUUGUAACAGAAAGGAAGCCUGUAAAAGAAAAGCCCAGUGCAGAUAGUGGAAACAAAUCACGAGGCAGUGUAAAGAGGUCAAGCGAUGGUCAAGUGGUGAAGAGCAAUCCUCAGCUUACAGAAGAGGUUUAUGAGGCUGAUGAAGAUGAACAUAAUGAAACCCUAUGCGGGAGUUGUGGUGGAAGUUAUAGUGCAGAUGAAUUCUGGAUUGGCUGUGACAUCUGUGAGAAGUGGUUCCAUGGAAAGUGCGUGAAGAUAACACCUGCUAAGGCUGAAAGUAUCAAGCAAUACAAGUGCCCAUCUUGCAGCCUUAAGAGGAACAGACAGUAAUGUUCCAGCUGCAAACAGAAGUAGGCAUUAGUAUUAUUACCUUAUAUAUGUUGUAAAAUACUUUGUUCAUUACAAAUGCCUCCAUAUGUUUAAAGUAUGCCUUGUUCCCCACUAAUCCUGAGCUUAACUGGCAGUUUAUGUAAUCUAAUCUUUAAAUUUAUGAUGACUGAUUUGAUACCA